GACGUGAGCAUAGCUUCACGCUGAAUGUGGACGAUUUUUUUUUGUGGCGGAUUCUGAUUUCAUCAUACUCAUUCGUGCUGUCAUUGCUUUCAGUCUGAUGCAAGCAAUUUCACAAGUCGUGCGUAUGGGAAGUGUAAAAUCAUCAUACACAGGCAGAAGUGAAUAAUUAACGAAAAUUUUCAUCGCUUUGCUUUGUCUAAAUCGAUUCGUGAUUCGUCAUUGACACAAGCCAAUCUAUGUUCGAGUUGUAAGGCGAACGGUUUUGAUUUCAGUUAAACAUUUGCAUUACAAUAAUUGGCGAAAUAGUGGACAAGUGAGUGUGUGAGAGAGAGGCAGAGAGGAGCAAGGCAGCAAAAAAACAACCAACGUGUGGUGAUAAAAACGUCUACGUAAUUAGCAAAGUGCGGAAGAGAAACGUCGAAAUCGUACGGGAAUGACAUCAAAUUGGGAAUAUGAAAUAAAUAUGUACGCAAUUUUUUCAACAACAACCGAAGGAAACAAAGUCGAAAAUGUGUUUUUAGUGUCAAAAUCUUGACGGAAACUUACUUGGGCCAUGCAUUGAACCAACGCAGACCAACACUAAAACGUUGUUAAAAGUUUGUUACGGAAUAAAAUACAACAAAAAACCGUAUUUGUUUCGGUGUUAAAGAAUUUCAAGGCUCUUUAACAAAGAAGGAUAAGAAGAAGAAGAAGAACGAGAAAAAUAAAAGGCGAUUUGUUACGAGUAGGAGGAAAAGAGAAGAAAAAUUCGCAGAAAUCAGAAGAGUUUAAACAGCUGAACAUCAAAAUUUAAAGAAAAAAACCAGAAAUUAUUCAUCAGAGACGCAUUCUAUCCAUCCAGUUAGCCAGAUCAACCAAACAGCUAAAAAAAAUUCCAAGUUCAACCCAUGCAGUUCAACAGUUCAUUUUGAUAAAGGGGCAACAAAUCAGAACCAAUUUCAUCAUUAUGACUAUGGAUUAUUCAACAACUACAUCAGCAAUAUCCAAGCCAUUCGCAUCGGCUACGCAACCUUUGGAUCGUGAUAUCAAACAACAAUACAAAUGCGUCUACAAUUUGUUGAAACAGUUCGAACAGGAAAAGCAGAAGAUUAACUCAAUUGAUGGCAUUUUUGAUGUUCGCAUUGAAAGUCUGCGCAACUCGAUCGUUGACCAGAGCACCGCGCUAAUCUAUCAAACGGAGUUUGAAGUCAUCGGUCGAAAGUGUCGUGAGAUUCUUUGGUUCAAAGGUUACUAUGAUUUGAUUUCGCUCGCCAAGCGCUUGUGGAAGAAAAACCAGGCAAACAGCAAACGAGCCGAAGAGCAAAUCAGCAACCUGAUCAUCGAAGGCAUUUCACACUUUAAACUAAUUAUCGUCAAUUUGGAGCGCAAAUUUAGUUUGGACUUGCGUGAUGUGGUGGACUUUUCGUUUCUGGAUACGUGCGAAAAGAACUUGUACACGGCGGUGGCAAGCCAAAACAGCAUUUGCCACAAUGAAAAUCGAUCCCAAGACGAGGUCACCAAGUAUGCCAUGGAAACAAUACAUGCUCUGCUCAUUUCGCUCGGCGAUUUGCAUCGUUAUUUCAUCGACUUUGAUUUCACCAUGCCGAAAAUUUCCAAGGAUUUUGCUGCCAACUACUAUUUCGAAGCGUUCAAGCUGAACCCAAAAACGGGAAUGGCACAAAAUCAACUGGGAACUCUAUUGGCCGGAACCAAUUACAAUUUGGAUUCCAUCUAUCACUAUUUGUAUUCGUUGACGUGUCCGGUGCCGUUUGAAGUGAGCGACAGUCGUGUAACGAUUCAAUUCCAAAGCAACGCUAGUUAUUUGGAAAAAACCGAAGGGGCAAAUGAGAAAUGCGACACGAUUGGACUACGUGAUUUCAUUGCACGCUAUCUGUUGGUCAUCGAUGUGUUUUUCUACGAUAAGGAAAUCAACGAUUUCAACUCGCUUUGCCACUGCAUGCUGCUCGAUUUUCGCAAAAUGCUGCAAUCGAACCGAAUCGAUUUGUCCGGCGAUAUGCUCUACAAAAUGAUUGCGAUGUUUUUCUUCUGUUUGAUCAAACUAAAGACGAACGGUUCGAAUAAAAUACACAGUUUGAAUGCAUUCUUGGUUGCGCUAUGCUCGGAACUUGUCAGUGCUUGCAUGAUGAAAUUGAAUAAGUUUAUUGCCGGCCGUGAAACUCAAAAUGCGAAAUUUCAAGCGAAAUACUACAAACAUUUUGAGGAAUUUGAGCAAACGGUUCGUGACGCACGCGAUAAACAUAAACGCUACAUGGAAUCCAUCGCAUCAUCCGCUUCGCAUACCAAUGACGAAAGCAACGAUGCAGCCAGUGUUAAAGGUCAUAUGAACGGCGGCAAAUUGAUGAUAAACAAACUGUCGGAUGAGUCGUUUGGUUUGAAAAAUGGACGCAAGUUCAGUUUGAAUGGGCAUGAUGAUAUGGCAACGAACAGCAGUGGCCGUGAACGUGAAUCAGAUGCUGGCAAAUCAACAACGCCAAUGUCGUCGCAAACGCGAAAUCAAAAACGCCGUGGCAAUCUACGACGUCGACGCCGUCGCAUCGUUUCCGAGCAUUCAAACAGCGAUUUAUCGUAUUUUGAAGACAGCGAAUGCGAUAUGGAUACUGACUUCAGUACAGCCGACGAAGAUAGUGCUGAUGAAAAUGGUGGAUCAUGGUAUUCAUCUGAGAGUGAAGAAGAAGAGGAGAAGGGAGUAAAUGGUUUGGAGAGGCCAGUGAAUGGUGGGGUGAAUCACAACAACCAACCGGGUUCAAACGUCAACCACAACGACGACGAUGACGACGAUGAUGAAGAUGUGAUCAUUGAAGACGAGCAAAUCAUCUAUCCUUCGAAUGGAACCGAAGAGAAGCCAAAGAGUUUAAAUGGACAAAAUAGCUACGAGAACAGCAUUUUUGGUGACUUUAUGAGCACUUUCAAGCAGCUUCAGAUUUUCGAUGAGGAAAACAAGAAUGGCCAAAACAAUUUCACAUUCGAUCAGGCCAAUCCAUUCGAUUUUAAAUUCAAUUUGAUUGAGCAUGUUGAAAAUACAUUGGGUAAAGAAGAAUCGGGUUCGAAUGCAGCUACAGCUCCGGAGAAACUACGUUUCAAGCAAAAGUACAACAAAAUUGACCCAAAUAUCAUCGUGGAUUUCUUCGAGCAUGAGAACACAAUGGUUGCACUGAAAUUGAUGUUUGAUUGGUUACGCGGGAAUAGCGCCAUAAUUGUCAAUUGCUUCACCACCAAUCCAGAGUUCAUCGACAAAAUCUUUGAUCUAUUGAAUGCUAUGAACAUUGAUAUUUUCACGCGAAAGGUCUACUUCGAGCGAUUUUACAUUGAAACGGAAAAUGUGCGCGAGAAUUUGCGUUCACUCUUCGAUAUUCGUCAAACGAUCCCAUUGAAAGAGGAUGUUCUGCUGAAGGAAUUCUCCGUAUUUGAUGUGUGCCAACGUCACAUGGACUGGACUCUACCGCUCAAACUGAAAAUAACCGAAAACGAGGAGACCAUUCUACGCAUUUUCCUAUUCGUUGAUUUUGGAUUUUCACUAUGUAAAAUGAAAAAGUUUGACUACAACUUUUGCUCGCGUAGCCGCAACUUCAUCAAAGUGGUGUCGACGAAACAGCGCUCAGUGAAGCGUACACGCAAACGAGGUCGUCGCAAUCGACGAGGACGUGUACGUAAUAGAAGCCGCAAUCGACAUUCCAGUGGAACUGAGAUGAGUGUUUUGUCACGGAAUGGAGAACAAGCUGGCCGAAGCAGCACUGACGAUAUUGAUCAGGCUGAGGAUGAGAAGAAGACCAGCCUGAAAAAAGGAUACUUGAAAAAUCGUCAACAAAACAAUCAAGUUGCUGCAUCGGCCGCAAAUGGCGAGAAAAGCAGCCCUAAUUCAGCCACCGAUAAACAUCAACUGAUGGGCAAACUGUGGUUAAAACAUGAAAUCGAAGUGCUCGAGGCGAAAAUGUCGAAGAACAAUGCCAUUCUGAGUCCGUAUUUGGUUGUCGAUUCCAAAGUACUUUCCAACCAUUUGGACACUGUCAAGAAGCUGGUUAAGGCCAAGAAAUUCGUUGUUCUAAUACCAAGCGCAGUCCUCGCUGAACUGGAUGAUCUGAAGAAAACAUCGGACGUUGUUCGUAACACGAUUCGUUGGUUGGAACGAGAAUUUACUGGCGGUAGCCGAUUCAUUCGAUUGCAACGUAACAAUGAAACGAAACCGUUGACUUUGAUCAAGGUUCCGAAGAAAUUAGAUCGCGAAGCAUCAACAUUCAUGCACACCGUUCAAUUUUGCAAUCACAUCAAUGAAACGCACACUGGAAACGGUGAAAAUAUAUUGGAUGAAUCGAUGGCAAAGCCGAACGUGGUAACUUUCCUUACGGGCGAAAAAUUGGUCAACAAGAAAUUGAGCAACAUCAGCUAUUGCGGUAUUCUGGAUGCGAUCGGUAUCAAUUAUGAACAAAUCAACGAGUUUUACGCGAAAUAUAAAAAGAAAUGAGCGACACGUUGAAAGCUUGUUAAAGCGGAUUUUGGAUAAAACUGAGCAAAUAAAACUGCGUGACAGGGUUCAAAUUCAAAGGAAAUUAUAUAUCAGUAAGGGAUAACGUUCGAGUUCAUUCUCAAAUGCUUCAAAAACAAGAACAACAAUAACAACAACAGCAGCAAAAAAAAAAUUCACACGAUGUGUGCGGUGUCAGGUUAUUUGAAACAAAAACAAAAAAACGAUUCAUCGGUUUUGGGGGAAAGAAUCUGUCACACACAUGACGCAUACAAUUUCAUUGGCAUUAAAGAGAAUAUCGAUACGGAAUCAAUUCGAUGGAAGUUUCAGUUAAUUCACGAACAUGGAACUCGUUGCAAUGCAGCCGCCGUUGCGAAUUCAACACAAGUAAACAUAAAAAAAUAACAAAACCAUCGUAAUCAUACUAUAUAAAAAAACAAAAGAAAAAUCCACCAAAAUAGCUACCAGAAAAACAAGACGAUCGUGGUAGUAAAAAGAAUGGUGUAUUUCACGGGAAACACUGUUUCAUGGAAUUCUAUCGUGACUUGAGGUGGUGAUUUUAGAGCGUUUUUUUCUUCAUUUUCAGUCUCUGCAGUUGACCUAUAUAACAAAUAUUCUUCUAAAUGUUUUAAAAUAAAAUUUUGAUUUUGCUUCCCUUUAAACAAAACAAAAUAAAAACGUGUAAAUCAUUUAGGCCUUGUCAUUCAUUGUACUGGAUCUAUGUUUAACAAUAAUAAAAUAUCCAAACACAUCAUUA